AUGCAUUCAAAGACUCUGGCGAUUGUCUUCCUCGCGGCUCUUGCUGCCGCUGAGCUUGAGAAGAAACAAUACGGCGAGUAUGAGGACGAUUACUACAACAGCUUGAUGAGCGAGCUGAACAGCAUAGAGACUGAUACCAACUAUAUGGACUAUCUCACCGAUUACACCAACCUUCCGACAGACUAUAGUGACAACCUCCCAUCUGCCACAGGCAACUCAGGCUCGGGAUCAGGCUCAAGUGCGGGCUCCGGUGAAUUCCCUGCCAUGACCGCCGACCCUAGUUAUACCAUGCCGUCUUUGGCCGACGUACCUCCUGCCUCCAUUCAGUCCGUCCUGAUCACUGCCAUUCCGGCCUCAUAUCUGUCCCAAAUCGCCAUUCCAUCUGUUGCCUCAUCCAUCUAUAGCGAGAUCGAAAACGGUCACUACCCUUCGUGGUACGAAGACCUCCCCGAGAGCGUCAAGGAUUGGGUUUCUAGCCACUAUGUUACUGGCGCUGCGGAGACUGGCGCUGCUUCCACCGCUUCCACCGCUUCCUCUGGUUCUUCUGGCUCAUCGGCUUCUGGUUCUGGUGUGCCCGGUGCUGGUGUCCCCAGCAGUAUGGUCGCGACUGGCCUGAUGGGCGCCGCUGUCGUCCUGGCUGUUGCUGUGAUGCUGUAG